GGGCCCGGGGGCCGGCCGGGGCGGGGAGUUGGGCUUUGUGCGGCUCGCGGAGCGCGGGCGCUGCUGCCCGGCCCCGCAUCCCCCGCGCCCCCCGCGCCCCGCGCCCGCGCCCGCAGCCGCCCCCACGCACCCCGCGCCCCGCGCCGGGCCGGGGAAGAUGCUGAGCCGGCUGAUGAGCGGCAGCAGCAGGAGCCUGGAGCGCGAGUACAGCUGCACCGUGCGGCUGCUGGACGACAGCGAGUACACCUGCAGCCUCCAGAGAGAUGCCAAGGGGCAGUACCUGUUUGACCUCCUGUGCCACCACCUGAACUUGCUGGAGAAAGACUACUUUGGAAUCCGGUUUGUGGACCCUGACAAGCAAAGGCAUUGGCUGGAGUUCACUAAGUCUGUUGUGAAGCAGUUGAGGUCCCAGCCUCCCUUCACCAUGUGCUUCCGCGUCAAGUUUUACCCCACCGACCCCGCCGCCCUGAAGGAGGAGAUCACCAGGUACUUGGUCUUCCUGCAGAUCAAACGAGAUCUCUACCAUGGCCGCCUUCUCUGCAAGACAUCGGAUGCUGCUUUGUUAGCCGCCUAUAUCCUUCAAGCGGAGAUUGGGGAUUACGACCCCGGGAAGCACCCAGAAGGCUACAGUUCCAAGUUCCAGUUUUUCCCGAAACAUUCAGAAAAGCUGGAAAGGAAAAUCGCCGAGAUCCACAAAACCGAAUUGAGCGGUCAGACGCCGGCUACUUCAGAGUUAAACUUCCUGCGCAAAGCCCAGACGCUGGAGACCUACGGGGUUGACCCGCACCCGUGCAAGGAUGUGUCGGGAAACGCGGCAUUUUUGGCCUUCACUCCCUUUGGUUUUGUUGUUCUGCAGGGAAACAAAAGAGUUCACUUCAUCAAAUGGAAUGAGGUGACCAAACUGAAGUUUGAGGGGAAGACCUUCUAUUUAUACGUAAGUCAGAAAGAGGAAAAGAAAAUUAUUCUCACCUACUUUGCUCCGACGCCAGAAGCCUGCAAGCACCUCUGGAAGUGCGGCAUAGAGAAUCAAGCCUUUUACAAGUUGGAGAAGUCGAGCCAGGUCCGCACGGUCUCCAGCAGCAACUUGUUCUUCAAAGGAAGCCGGUUCCGAUACAGCGGCCGCGUCGCCAAAGAGGUCAUGGAGUCGAGCGCCAAGAUCAAGAGGGAGCCGCCGGAAAUACACCGGGCAGGCUUGGUCCCUAGCCGCAGCUGCCCCUCGAUCACGCACGGGCCGCGGCUGAGCAGCGUGCCCAGGACCCGCCGGAGAGCCGUGCACAUCUCCAUCAUGGAAGGCCUGGAGUCCCUGCGGGACAGCGCGCACUCCACGCCGGUGCGCUCAUCCUCGCACGGCGACGCCUUCAUGCCGCGCGGGCGCAGCAGCCGCGCCGAGAGCAGCGAGCGGGUGGCAGUGAUCGCGGACGAGAACUACAGCCCUGCGGACAGCGUGCUGCCCACGCCGGUGGCCGAGCACAGCCUGGAGCUGAUGCUGCUGUCGCGGCAGAUCAACGGGGCGCCCUGCAGCAUCGAGGAGGAGAAGGAGUCGGAGGCCAGCACGCCCAGCGCGGCCGAGGUGGAGGCGCUGGGCGGGGAGUUGAGGGCGCUGUGUCAGGGCCUGGGGGGCAGUGCCGGGACUCAGGCGGAACAGGUGAAUAAGUUUGUUUUAAGUGUCCUCCGUUUGCUCCUUGUGACAGUGGGACUCCUCUUUGUCUUGCUCCUCCUCCUGAUCGUCCUUACCGAGUCUGACCUUGACAUUGCCUUUUUCCGUGAUAUUCGCCAGACCCCCGAGUUCGAGCAGUUCCAUUACCAAUACUUUUGUCCCCUCAGGCGAUGGGUUGCCUGCAAAAUCCGCUCCGCACUGAGCCUGCUCAUUGACACCUGAAGGCAUGGCGCCUCCCCAUAUCUAGCCAGGUGGAUUCAGAAGAUCCCUGCUACCUGUUCCCAGAACAUGGGACCCAUCGUGGUACCAUCGGCACAUAAACUAAGUCCUCCUUUCAUGAUCAAAGUACACUGCGACCUAGGAUGCUUGUUUCCGGGAAGAAGGAAGGGACUGACUCAUGCCCGCUCCAAACACGUUUCUUUAGGGAGCCUCUUUCUCGAAGCGCUCGGCCGUUCUGUUCUCAUCCUCGGGCGCCUGCAGGAUAAUUUAAGUUUUUAAUUUUGAUUUUCAUAGACGCGUGUAUUACUUUGAGAGUAUUAAAUACAAAGAGGAAUUUAUUUUAAUAUUACUACUGAUUAUUGUAUUAGGAUCAGCCAAUAGCUGAGACAUAGUAUUAUGCAGGAGCGAUAGUCAUGGUGCUACUGAGUUGUAAGUUAAAUACUCGUGUAUAGUUCUUUUAUUGAACUCUGUGCAAAGCGUCACGGGAGAGAGAUCGCCUCGUACUAACCAGAAGUUUGUUGCCGAUGGCUCCUGGUUUAAUUUUAAUUGGAAAAACAUCCUGAUGCAAGGCAACCCCACUGGGGAUUUGUAAAACAUUUGGGUUUGUCGCAAAGGGCAGCAGAGUAGGCGCAAGACAGCCCCGCUGGGAGUGGCGGUGUCAGUCUAUUUCUUUAGGUAGCAUAGCGUGAUGUGAACAUGAAUACCGAUCCUAAUCUACACACACAGCCUUUUGUGGAUUUUUUUAAGCCUUGACCCUUUAGCGCUCCAGAGGUGUGGAGUUUAUCGUCAUAGAGGUGUAGAGCCCCUAAGUAAGGUGGGGGUUAGCCCCCGGGGUUAGGAAACAUACGUACUCGAUUCUGUUUGACAAAGUCCGAGCGAGUAGCCAAGCAGUCACCAUGCCUGAUUUAUUUGAAAGACAUUUUGUCUCAGAAAGUUGUACUUGUUUUGUACAAAAAAAAAAAAAAAAAGAGACUGUUUCAACGUAUAUUUUAACAACAAAAUGCUAUUUUGUUAUUGAUACUAAUCAAGUCUUUUUUUACUUUAUGGAUCGGAUGAACGCAGCGUGAUGUACAAAAUGAUUCAAGUAAGAAAAUACUUCUGAGAAUAAAGGUUUUGUAGAAUGAAAAUCUAACACUGGAUUAACCCGUUGCUAGUUUGGGAAAAAAAAAUGAAUAGGAAUUUGUGGUUUUGCAAAGGAAAAGAGACCAGAAUUACAGAAGUGGAGGUAACACUGAAAAAAAAAAAGCCAACAGGCAAAUAUCAUAUCUGUCCUUAAGCCAAAUGUAUAACUCACUAAUUUCCUUUGUGGCAUAAACACUUGAAUCUUUAUCUGGCAAAGAUGGCCGUCCAUUUGCAAGGGGAGCAAUAAAAGUCAUUAUUAUUAAGUUUUCUGAGAAGCUGGGCAUAUUUAACAAAACACAGUGAAAACAGACUAGCAAGAGUUUUAUUUCAUCUCAGGGAGAGAUUUCAAGCAAGCCGGGGCCAUAAUCACACACUUUAAAUAAAGAGAGUCUGAUUUUCAUGUUCUUGUCUCUGCGCUCACCACCGGCCAUCACCGCACACGCGAGCGAAGCGCUGCUGGAGAGAGUCAGCGUUUGCACUCUUCCCCCCACGGCUCCGCUACGGCUCUGUCCCAGGCGAGUCAUUUACUAUUUGGCAAAAGAGCACAGCGAUCAAAUUUUCACUAUAGCGAAUAAUCCUGGAAGUCAACUGGACUUUGACUGUGUCAUUGCAAUAACUAAAGUCCACUUAAAACUAGCACCUGCCAGAUCCCAACAAAGACGCAGCUUUCUCGCAUUACUUUAAAAAUUAGCCUUGGCCACUGGAUUGUCACAAGAACUGAAAAGGUUUUGCAUUUGAUUUAAUAACUCUUGUAAGGGUAGAUUAAAUAAUGAAUGCCUACCAAGAGAAAAAGGAUAGAUUUUUACAUGGAUAUAUACUGUUUUAUGCAACAUAGCAAAAUUAACUUUUAGUGUAGUGUUCCUACCUCAGUCUGUAGUAAAUGGUGUUUCUAUGCAGUGCGUGAUCGUCUUAAACUUGACAUUUUUUUCAUCCCAGGUCCUUUAAAGAUGCAGUAUUCCAUUAUUUUAAUUGCUAAGGUUACCUGUAUAAUGUCAUAAUAAUGCCACAUUAUCAUUUAGCGACGUCUUCAAAUCCAGCUCUCUUCUGCAUUAAACAUCUUCAUUCUCAAAAACCACAACACGAAAUAUUGACCUUGGAAACUUUGACAUCAAUUUGCUUUUAGAACAGUGGGACUGGACUUCACCCUAUCUAGACUACCCCUUGGCAAUUUUCACCCAGAAUUUUACCCUUAAACCAUUACAACUGGUAAUUUUUUUUUUUAAAUCGAGUUUUUUCUGUAUGUUCCACAUGAUGUCUCGUGUUUCGCUGCCAGUUAUUUUGUCUUUCUAGAAAAAGAAUCCAUAGAUUCUUAUAUCAGAGGAAACAAAACUCUUAAUAAAGAAUAGCGACUGCAUCUUUAAGCAGUAAAGGGUAAAAAUACCUGAAAAUGUGAAUUUCUUAGUUUUCAUAAAGAUAUAGAAAUUAACCUUUCAUGUGCCAAAUACUGUAAGUUACAUUUUCCUUCAAAACAAUGUACCUUUUCUACAUAUUCAGUAUGUAGUUAGCAUAAAAUCAUUGGUGCCAUGAAAAGUAUUUUUAAAUUUAAAUAAAUAUUUAAAUAUCAUGAACAA